GCCCAAUAUGCUGCUGUAGAUCCCGCACGAACUACCAGACAGAGCCACGUUUCCAACUGGUCCAUGUCCCUUUAGCCGCUGCUGAAAAGAACGCCUCUUACAACUUGCAAGCGUCGAUCAGGAAAGAUCAUCCACCUUGACAUGGCAAGUACCAUGGUUCUCUAGUCUCAGCUGGAGGAAUGUUCUACGAAGCUAAAAGAUGCACCAGUGUCAAUCACGAUUGACCUUGAGCUGGCUCAGCCUCGGGGAGGUCCAGGUCUCAACAUGUACCUUGCUCGUCGGCAUGCGCGUUUUCAGCAAAUGCAUUCAAACUGUGUCUCAGAUCAGUGAAAGAUGUGCGUCAGGGGACGUUUCUCGUGAUAUGGUCACUGCAUGGUGCUGGACGAGAUUAUUCUCAUGUUCUCGUUUCAUGGUGAUACAAGAGAGCUGUCCGCCGGUGAGAUACAGCAGCAAAUCACUGCUUCAGAGAGAUGCUUGUUUAGGAACAGAUCCUGAUACGGUCACUAUGUCGUGGGGCGAUGGGUGUCAGUUGGUGCAUCAAUGUGACAGCUUGGUAAGGACCUCCUGCAUGAUGCUCACGUUCUUCUGCCUCCGAAUGCAAACCCACAGCUGCACAUCUUGUUGGUGUCACUAGUGCUACAUUGGUACGCCGUAUUUAAUGCCAGGCCAAUGGGUAACGCCGUACAGACGGCCUUCAUGGAUGCUUAAGCUUCCGAAUCAAGCAGCAUGACUCGGCGCUCAAGCCCUCGGACGACACAAUAGUGAGCGAGACUGCA